ACUCGGAGGUGGAUUCCAUCCACACCGUGGUCCGUCGCCCACCACUUUCCCCCCCGCACCCACCACGCGGCGCCGCCCGAGCACGACCAUGGCGUCGCCGUCCAUCCACGCCGCUCUCUGCCACCCGCACCUCCCCGCCGGCGGCAGCCUCCUUUCCCACCCGUCCGGGGACCCAACUUCGCGCGCCGCGCUCUCGUUCAGGAUAAGCGACAUGCCAUUGAGAAGGUUGCAGACAGGUCUUGGUCCUGUCUUGGCUGCGAGGAGUCCUGGUUUGGGCAACGUUGAUAAUCUGCAUGAGAGUUCAAACUUGUCAAGGAACUGGGAUUUGAACGGUCAGAUUGAUGAUGACCAUGAUGUACUCAUAGAAUGUAGGGAUGUUCAUAAGUCAUUUGGAGACAAACAUGUAUUGAGAGGUGUCAGCUUCAAGAUUAGACAUGGUGAAGCAGUUGGGAUAAUUGGUCCUUCAGGAACCGGCAAGUCAACUAUUUUGAAGGUUAUGGCAGGGCUGCUGGCUCCAGACAAGGGUGAGGUAAUCAUUUGUGGAAAGAAAAGACAUGGUUUAGUUAGCGACGAGGAUAUUGAGGGUCUCCGCAUUGGUUUGGUAUUUCAAAGUGCUGCACUUUUUGAUUCUCUCACAGUUCGUGAAAAUGUUGGAUUCCUUCUAUAUGAAAAUUCAAGCUUACCAGAGGACCGCAUUGGUACAUUAGUGACAGAAACUUUGGCUGCAGUGGGACUAAAGGGUGUUGAAGAUCGCAUGCCAUCCGAGUUGUCUGGUGGCAUGAAAAAGCGUGUUGCUCUAGCUCGUUCGAUAAUAUUUGAUGAUACAAAGGAUGUAAUCGAGCCAGAGGUCCUUUUAUACGAUGAACCUACAGCUGGGCUCGACCCUAUUGCAUCAACUGUUGUUGAAGACCUUAUACGUUCUGUGCAUAUGACUGGACGGGAUGCUCUAGGCAAGCCAGGGAAAAUAGCUUCUUAUGUUGUUGUGACUCAUCAGCAUAGCACAAUAAGAAGAGCUGUUGAUAGGUUGCUGUUUCUUCACGAGGGGAAGGUAGUUUGGGAAGGAAUGACACAUGAGUUCACAACAUCAACUAAUCCAAUCGUUCAACAGUUUGCAUCUGGUAGCUUGGAUGGGCCCAUACAAUAUUUCUGAAGACCCAGCCACAUUAGUGACUCAAAGCUUAGGCGGUUUUGUAUACCUCAGAUCAUCCCAGCACUAUGUGGAGCAUCAAGAAUCUGAAAUGUGCUUGCAGCAAUGGUUGGGAUAUGUAAACUCAUUCAGAUUGCUAUUAUUCCUUUGAGCUUUUGGUAUCUGCAACAUCAUCGAUCAGUCACGGCACCCUUUAUUUGCGCAUAGUAGUGAUACCACCUGCUCAAAUAAGCAUUAGUUUCUACAUCAUUCUUUGGGUGAACUGCACCGAGCUGCCGACCCAAGCCAGAAGAACAUUUCGGUCCUUUACAAGUGACCUGAUGUAAAUGUAUGCAACCUAUAGCAGUAUAUCGAUCCUCCAUAUUCUCAGAUACUUGUGCGUAUAUGUUAAUGUUAGUCUGAACGUUCAGAAGAUGGUAGUCGUGUGUACCUGAUUCGAGCACUCGGGUUGGUACGCAAAUACCUGCUGAUUUUUGUAAAACUUUAUUGCUGUCUUUUAACAGUGUCAAAUGAGACCGCAGUGCCAUGUGG